AACCUCAAAAUCCCAAGCAGGACGAUUCAGUAUCGCAUCUGUCGCACUUUUGACAUUAUUCCUUCCAGCCGCGCAAAAUUGAAUCCAUCAGAAUAUAUAGAGGAUACAAUUGUCCGAUUCCAUCCAGAGCCAUCGAUUUCGACUACGUCCAACCGCUCUUCAUCAUGGGAUUCUUCUCACGCAUCAUCACAUUCUUCGGCCUUGUCCUUCUGGCUCAUGCAGGGUACUCGGCCCACGAACAUACAACGCUCUACAGCAGCGUCACGCUCGCCGCCAGCACAUCCGGCACAAACCCCACAACAGCGAGCAACUUCUUCGCCGUUGUGCCGCUCGACAUCACAAUAGAGGCGUUGGUGUCUGUCGUCUUGGUGUCGACUGGUCUAGUUCUAGGAGCUGAGAAACUCAAGCCUAUCACACAUGGCGCAUGGGCAGGUCAGAUUGAGCGGGAAGGUGGCGCAAAGAAUCCGUACAAGAAUUUGGAGAUUCGAUCUGGGUUUUGGGAUGUUAGAAAAAGUCGUCGGGAGUUUGCAGAUUGGAUGCGCACGCAGGGUCAGGAAAACAUCAUCAAGUCGUGAUUCACAUUUUAUAAAUAUAUCAGUUUAUGGGUGUGAAGGAAAAUAGUCCUAGUUGUAUAGGUAUACCGCAGUAUAAUCGCACAAUUCAUAUGCCACCUGUUUCAUUCGCCG